AAGUUCAGUCUCCAGAGAAGGCUCACACUACACAUUGGACAUACCUUUCAAGAAUGAAAAUGUGACACUACCAAACAAUAUCAACGUAGCAACACACAGACUGCAACUACUGGAACGCAGGCUGACAAAGAAUGCAGACUUGAAAGAGAAGUAUGUGGAAGCGAUGAGAUCAACCAUCAACAAAGGGUAUGCUGAAGAGGUUGCAGCUUCUUCAUCUGAUCGUAACGAUGGCAAGAUCUGGUACCUCCCACAUCACCCAGUGACUCAUCCACGCAAGCCAGGGAAGGUACGAAUUGUUUUUGACUGUGCAGCUAAGUACGAUGGAGUAUGCCUCAAUGAUGUUGUCCACCAGGGACCAGAUCUGACAAACAAGCUAUUAACUGUGUUGAUUCGAUUUCGACAAGGGCCUGUCGCUAUAAUGGCAGACAUUGAAGGCAUGUUCAACCAGAUAUAUGUAACUCCAGACGACAGAGAUGUCCUGCGGUUCUUGUGGUGGAAGGACCAUGAUCCAAAGAAUGAGAUAGUUACUUACCGGAUGACGUCCCACCUCUUUGGUGGAGUGUGG